GACUCAAACCGGAAGGACCCUGAUGAGACCAAUAAAUCUCAAAAUUCUAGCUUGACCGGCUCAAUGAUUUAAACCGAUUUGACGUGACUAGUGAUAGAAGUUGUCUACUUCCUUAAUUAUGUAAUUAUUUAAUUAAUUAGUUGUGUUUCUGACUUAGCUUGUUAGUAGUCUGUUACAACAAACAAACGCAAUCUAGGAUAUAUAUAUUUUUGUGUGCGUUUAGGUUUAUUUCUGUCGAUUCUGUAUUGAUUCAAAUACUGGAAGCAAAUAUAGGCGCAGGUUUUGUUGUGAGAGAGAGAGAGAGAGAGAGAUGGGGGCGCAAAACAGCAAAGCAGAAGCAGCAGCCGGCUAUGCAAAGGCGAAUGGCGAUGAUGAGGAAUCACUCAAACAGAACAAACAGGAUCUCGUCUAUGACAAGACUCCGCUGUCUAUCGGUUUGUCUUGUGUCUACGACUACAUGUUUGUGCAAAUCCCAAAGAGCACCGCCAUCCCAACAAAGAAGUUUGAGUUAAUCCAAACCACCGUGUUGGACAACCAGGAAGCCGUGAAGUUAUGUUUUUACCAAGGUGAAAGAAAGAAGGCAAGCGCCAACAAACUUCUUGGUACCCUAGUGUUGAAGGGCAUCCCACCCGCUCCCAGGGGCGUUGCAAGGAUCACGGUCUGCGUCAACGUCGAUGCCAAGGGCAACCUGAACGUGUCUGCCGAGGAUAAAUCGACCGGUCGGGAGGUGACUAUGAGCAUACCGGGCGUCGGGGUCGAAGGAAAGCUUUUGUCGGCGGUGGAGGUGGAGAAGAUGGCUGGACAAGGAGAGAAGCACAAGUCGGAGGACGAGGAGCACUCGAAGAAGGUGAAAGUCAUGAAAGGGAUGAAUGAUUACAUGAUCGUGGUAAGAGAGAACGCGGCGGCCGGAGCCUACUCUGGAAAAGUCCGCCAAGCAUUCAAGGGUGUCGCCGGAACGAUGUUGGAUGAGUUCACGGAGAAGUCAAAGGAGUUUGGGUUACAAUCAGGUGACAAGAAGAGGUGCGAAACCUAGCUCGUUACGGUUAGGGUUUCUUACUUUCGAUUAGUUUGGGACGUGUAGAUUUUCUAAAAUUAUUGGGAUGUAUGGAUAUUCAUUAUGUGUUGCCUUUGUUUAUUUCGAAUAAUAAUUUGCUGUUUCUUUUCUAUCGGUUCGAGUUGUUAUAGUAUUUGAAAUUCAGUAAACUGUUUGCUCUGUAUGUUUUAAAGCUUCUUGUUGUUAUUUUGGUGCUAAAUGUUCAGUCCGCACAAGGUUUCGUGGAAACGAUCUAAUGAUUAGAGUCAAAUCAAUGAGUACAUCCUUAAUUAUUUAAUAGCGAAUUUACCGAUUCGAUAACGCUAAUAGUUUUUUAGUACUACAAGGAUUAUAAAAAUAAGGUAAAUAC